AUGGACAGCUUCACGGAGCACGACGACGGUGACAGCCGUUUUUCUGACUCGGAGAACGACAACCACCGACCGUCGCAGUCCACAAAAUCUACCUCCGACCUUUUCUCCGGCGUCUACCGGGGGAUCAAAAAAAUCACACCGGGUCGCGAAGAUUUUGGCCGUUUUGUACGACAGUCCUCGAUCUCCCACCGCAACUCUCCUCCUCCACCGUCGCAGUUUGUACUCAAACCGUACACAGCGGGCUCCGAAGACCACCCACCCGGCUCUGCCCCGAUCACUGGAUAUCGCCCUUCCCAAUCACAUUACCAGCAUGCUCGCAGCCUAAGUUUGCAGAACAGUCUCGAAAAACCGCUACCACGGCCGCCAAAGGCCCCUCCAAGCUUCCCUCUCCUCCCUACGGCCACUUCUGGGUCUGCCUCGUCCCAGACCCGCUUUCAAGCUUCCAGCGGGAGCCUUGCCUCCAUCCAAAACUCCGACGUGAAAGACGACACUAUGGAUAGUCGAACCAGUACCAUGGACUCAGCCUCGUCCGCCGAGCAGGGCUAUUACGCACCCAAUGCCGCUUCUGGUCCUUCUCCGGCCAUCGGCAUCGACUCCAACGCGAACAACAGCCAGUCAAGUAUAACUGAUGACGAACGCCACAAUAUGGCCUCAAGAGCCAACGGUCCCCUCUCCGCUGGGCCAUCGCCGCAACCUCAAUCCGCAUCACGCGGUACGCCCGGCGGCACCGGUGGCACCAACCAGGCAGCGUCUGGAAACACCAACCCCCCUCAACAAAACUCGGGCUCAUCUGCACACCUGUCGGGUCUCAUGUGCAAUGUGCACAGAACAACCGGCCGUGAACCACAUCCGCUUGUCGGUGCCACGACCACAAUCCUUGGUGACAAGCUCUACGUCUUUGGUGGCCGGAUAUUGUCUAGGAGCCGCCCGGCGUCGCUCACCUCCGAUCUGUACGAACUCGACCUCAUUCGGCGUCACUGGACAAAGCUGGAGACCACGGGCGACGUCCCACCACCGAGAUACUUUCAUUCCAUGUGUGCGCUGGGCGACUCCAAAAUGGUCUGCUAUGGCGGCAUGUCACCGCAGCAGAGUGCCAACGGUGGCUCACCACAGGACCAGCAACAGGACGUGGCCGUCAUGUCCGACAUCUACAUCUACGACGUGCCGACAAAGAAGUGGACCUACAUUCAGACACAGGAGACUCCGCAGGGUCGUUAUGCGCAUUGUGCCUGCAUCAUCCCUUCAUCCGCCACCUUCAGCUCCCACCGCGCACCACUCUCCGCGCUACAGCACAACCCAGCGACGGGCACCAACGAAGGCCGCAUUGGCAUCAACAUUGACGGCACGGGCGGCGCCGAAAUGAUUGUUGUAGGUGGACAGGAUGGCGCCAACCACUAUAUCGAGCAAAUUAGUGUUUUCAACCUCCGCAGCCUCAAGUGGACGUCGACCGAACCCCUAGGCAAAAGCUGUGGUGCCUACCGUAGUGUUGUUGCGCCACUGCCGCCCUCGGUCACGGCACGCAUCGGCCGGGCCAACGCACCAAACGCCAACGCCAACAUUCGGCCGGAAAUGGGCGGAAUCAGUCAGGAGGCCCGUGAACCCGGCUCGUCCAUGCUCGUGUACUCGAACUACAACUUCCUCGACGUGAAGCUCGAGUUGCAAAUCCGAUCACCCGAUGGCACCCUGACAGAAAAGCCCAUGGCCGGCACGUACACACCCCCUGGCCUCCGAUUCCCCAACGGCGGCGUCAUCGAUACCCAUUUCGUGGUUAGUGGCACGUACCUGACAAGCUCCAAGCAAGAAUAUGCCCUUUGGGCUCUUGACUUGCGGAACUUGACCUGGUCGCGGAUCGAUGCUGGCGGCAGUGUCUUUAGCCAGGGCAGUUGGAACCGCGGUGUGCUCUGGAACCGGAGAAACUCGUUUGUCAUUCUGGGUAACCGCAAACGCAGCCUUGUGGACGACUACAACCACCGCCGUAUUAACUUUACGAACGUAUGCAUGGUCGAGCUCGAGGCUUUUGGCUUUUACGACAACCCACGCAAAACGACGCCCAUGUCCGGCUUUGUCUCCGCGAGCAGCCCAUACACCAACCCCGGCCUCAGUCUCGCUCGCAAAGCGGGCUCGACUGCAGGAGGACGUUUCCAUUCCCGCGCGUCAGAGGAUCUCGGUGAGAAGGCGUUGGCGAUGCGCGAGCUGGCCGAUAUGGAUAUUUUGUGCAUUGGUGGCGAGCGCAUCCCGGUGAACAGUCGGAUUGUUGCUCGCCGUUGGGGACCAUACUUUGUGCAGCUGUUACGGGAAGGUACGGCCACGGAAGAUGGCAGCGAACCAGCCGGCGCGCGCUCGACCCCUCUCGCAGGGGUACGCAGCUCAAGCAUCACCAUUACCCCAUCGAGCCGCAACACGAUGGAGAGUACCAUGUCUAUGGGCUCACAAGCGACAAACUCCAGUAGCUCUGCCGGCAAGCCGCCCAGUACACCAGGCACGAGUCUCUCCGGAAUUUCGGCCGUUGUCGGCCCUAUGUCACCCGCUGUUGAUCCUGCCACAAUCAAUACGGCACCGACACCGAGGACCCUGCCACCCAACAGUCGCCCCCGCUGCCUCUACCUCCCCCACACCUACCUCACCGUCCAGACACUGCUUCACUUCCUGUACACCAGCUCUCUCCCGCCGCCGACCAACCAGCUCUGCACGCCGCAGAUCUUGUGCUCUCUUCUGCAGAUUGCACGGCCGUAUCGCAUCGACGGUCUCCUAGAAGCUGUUGUCGAGCGUCUGCAUGCCCUUCUCGAUAGUCGCAAUGCGGCAGCCGUGUUCAACGCGACGGCCAUGGCUGCCGGCGGUGGCCGCGGCAUCGAUGGCACGCUCAACCCCAACUUCUUUGUCCCCAGCGGACUCGACGUCCUCAGCCCGAUAGACCCGACGCUGCAGUCGCCGUCGCAAGCCCAGGCGGACCAGCAGCUGCCAGGCGGCGGCAGCGGCGACGCCAGCGGUCUGGCCGCGCGGACGGCGGGCCUGCAGAUCAAUACGUCUGUGCCUGGCUCGACUGCUAGUGCUGGCGGCGGUGCACGGCCCAGCAGCGGCGAGCUGAGCGCGACUACGAGCGUCUCUGGCUCCGAGUGGAGCUCCGAGAUGGGUGACAACAGCGAGCGCGGCCAGCGCGAGGUCUGGAGUGGCGAGCUCAGCAGUGUGAUUGGGCUGCAGAAGCGCGGUCUCAAGGGACUGAUGGAGGGUCGGCGCCUCCGCGAGCGGACGGGCACCAACACGGGCAUGACGGGCCCGAACAAUGCGCGUGUCGGCCUAGGUAUUGCUAGCGGUUGA